AUGCCUAAACUACUUUGUAUUAAAACACUUGGUAAGGUUGUUUCUGAAGACAGUCGUUUUAUAAGUAGUGAGGCAUCUGAAAGAUCAUAUCUGCGAAAUAAUUAUUUAAUUGUGAAAGUGAAUCUUGUACUAGAGAUAAUGAAUACCUCCCAAGCUCGAAAUUCUGCUAAAACUGAUCAAAAAACCCCUUUUUUUGAGAAAGAAGAAGAUAGCGACUCUGAAGAGUCUAAAGCAUUAACAAUUAAGCACAGUAUCCGUUAUGAGGAAACCGGCCUAUUUCCUGACCCCAAGUAUAUGUUCAACCUCAUGGCAAGAGGACUUACCACUCCUGAAAAGUUCGUUGCAUGGUGGAACGAAACCCAUCCAGAUUGCCAAAUCACUGUUGAUUCAAUUAUGCGAUGGUCUUAUUGCGAAGAUGAAGAUCCUGCAAAUUAUAGCAUCCAUUGGGAAGAGUAUGGAGAUUAG